AUAAUUGCUUAUUCUUCCAGAUCCGACCUAAGAACUGUAUCGGAAGCGAUUCAGAGCAAGAGUUUAAAUAAUUUAAUUAUUAUGGACUCCUGCAUGGAUCCCAUAACAGAUGCCACCGCUUUAAAGAAGGCCUUGGAAUGGGAGUUAUCGUUGGACGUAAGAGAUUUGCGCUCUCACGCUUGGUAUCACGGAGCAAUACCCAGAUCACGGGCCGAAGAUAUAGUUCGCGAAGAGGGUGGAUUUCUGGUACGUGAUUGCACUUCUCAGCCAGGAAAUUUCGUACUGACGUGCAGAACCAAACAGAUUCCUUUACACUUUGUCAUCAAUAAAAUUAUACUCCAACCCGACACGGUUUACGAACGGGUACAGUAUCAAUUUGAAGACGACGCAUUCGAUACAGUGCCGGAUUUGAUUACCUUUUAUGUUGGAUCGGGAAAAUCGAUAACGGCGACGUCCGGUGCAAAAAUUCAAUUUCCCAAAAAUCGAAUGUACCCGCUUUCAUUUUACGCAACUAAAUACACCAGUCCUUUAAAUCAAAGCCGAGUGGUGUCUCCUGCCACAACGCCCGUUGCCAACAUGCAGAUGCGAUGUAGUCCUAUAAAUCCUGGAACAUACAAGCCUUCGCCGUCGCCUACGAGAAUAUCAAGAGACCCACCUCCACGACUACCCUCAAAGAAACAAAGAUCCCAAUCAUUAACACCUUCAGAAGUGAAUCGGGUGGCGCAAGAAAAGUGUAACAGUGCAGAUGGUGUAAUACAGUUCCCCAUAAUGACCCGAUCCGUGGGUGCAGAUACCAUAAACUCUGAUGCUAAAUUUUCUACGCAUUCCCUUCCUAGAAGUCCUUGUACAAAGUUAUCCUUGUCUCCAAGCACAAUCGUGCUGGGGCGAAAUAGUAAGAAUAUCGCAAGGGUCACAAGUGAUCCCUCACUGUCGCCUUGCGCAGAAAGGCGGAUAAUCACUUCUGAAGAUGAGUGUGCGCCCGAAUCCCCACCACCUAAACCUUCCAGAAUACCUUCAAUUAUGCGAACAGAAUCCAAAGACUCCGACAUAAUUGACGGGAAACAGAACAUAGACGUUGUUUUCUUACCUCACGGAAGCUUACAACGAGUAACGUCGUAUCACGCUUCGGGAUCCGACUCGGGAAACGGAUCCGGAGAUUCAGCUUUAAGUUCCGCAGCCGGAGAUCCAAUUGAGUGCAAUCACCGAAACUCGGGAGUCAUCAUAAAGAAUCCUAGAUAUAAUAUUACCAAUUCAGAAUCAACUACAACGCUAAAAAACUUCGACUUCGAUUGCAAGGAGGCGGAAGAAAAACUGUUACAAAUGGCCCAACCCGAAUUAAAUUUGUCUAGCAGAUUCGAUUUGGAAAAUUUUCAAACCAUUCUAUUGCCCGUUCACGAAAACAAGCCGUUGGAUAACCAAGCACUUAAAGGGAUCAAACUUAUUUUAAAGGAAUGUGGGUCAAAAAUCUUAGCCAAUCAUUUAACAAAGAUGGAUUUAGAUCUUGUCUUCGGUUUGCCAGAUAAUCCAUAUAAGAAGUUGGGAUCAGGUAUAGAAUUAUGCUCCUUACCGCACGGACAUCAAUUACGGAUGGACUUAAUUGAAAGAACCGAAUGCCUUAAAUUAAUGGUGGCCGUAACGAUCAUAACAUGCGCUGACGAACUCGAACGCACCGAGACCCUAAACAAAUGGAUAGAAGUGGCCAUCGACACAAAAACUGCCUUAGGAAAUUUAUAUGGAUUUUGCGGCAUUAUGCUGGGUCUUUGCUUGCCACAGGUUCAAAAAUUGGAUAGCACGUGGCACAUGCUGAGGCAAAAAUAUACAGACGCCGCAUUUAAUUUUGAAGCGAAACUCCGCCCAACUUUAAAAAAUAUGAACAAUUGCUCAAAUCCGCAAGCACCAAAUACAACGAUUCCACAUUUGCUUCCAUUCAUUCUUUUAUUGGAGAAAGAUUUUGAUGAUUUUUUAAUACCAAACGAACAAAUCGCGACUUCUUUGUAUCUAAAUAUUUGUGAAUCAAACACGCAAGAUUUUGGUUUAAGUACUUUGCUCGCACAUUUAGAAUGCGCAAGAAAGUUCCUUGAUUCGCUUCCUACGUUUCAAAGAAAUGCUGAGAUUGUGCUAGCUGAAGCUCGUAUGGAAGAUCUCACCUUAGAUAUGUUUAAAACAGAAUUUCAAAUGAAAUUUCUAUGGGGUAGUAGAGGUGCUUUUGCGCCUGCCGUGGAUCGCUUUGCUAAAUUCGAACAAGUUUUGGAUGUUAUGGUCGAAAAAUAUUAUAAUAAUCCGCUAGAACAUUUGGAAGUGUAAAUUUUUUACUUUGAUUAAAUGACUAGCACCCAUGAAUAUUUUUUCAAUUUUAUGAUAAAUGAAGGAGGAAAAAUAUUCAUAGGACUUACUAAUGUGAUUAUAUAUAAAUAAUAUGCAAAUCGGACCUAAUCAAGUUUAUCUUGCUAAAAUAUUUAGUUUACAUAUCACACAUAUGUGAUGAAAUAUGUUCCCAAUGUACAUAUAAAUGUGCGAUUUUUAAAUUGUUUUAUUUGAUCACAUGGUGCACAUGAUUUGAUUGAUGUCGAAACACCUAGUGCUGAAUUUUAAUUCACCGAACGUACUUUACAAACAACUACAUUCUUCAUACAGUACAUACCUACCUAAUUUUACGCAUGUCAAGUUGAAAUUUUGGAUUUUGAAUCAAUUUAUAGCAUGUCGUCUGUGAUAUAUAAGUAUAAAACGUUUUCAGUUUAUUGGCCUUUUACCUACCUAUUACGAUACUGAACCAACUUGCUCAGCUAGACAUAUAAACAAUAUUCAUAAUGGUUCCAUGAUGAGCUCCAACAUCAUUUUGUAUUUGUCUGGAAUCUAGUAUCAUUGAAUUUAUAACUAUUAUAAAUUCAAUGCUAGUAUGAUCACCCAAAACCAACAUCAAUACAAUAGAAAACACAGAACAACUAAUAAGACACACUGGUCAGUUUUACUACAUAACAAAUACAAACACAUUUUUAUUUACAACCAAAUUCAAUGCAAACUUCAUACAAUUAUGCAACUAUGAAUUAGUAAAAAACACAUGCCUUUAUCAACGUCGCCCGAAUUUCAUUUUAAAUUCAAAUUCGGUACGCUCCAAAUAAAAUAUACAAAGUUUAGAAUAAUAACAAAAAAAAACGCGUCAACAGUGCAUUUCGAUAGGAAAACCGCAAUUGACAAAUUAAUGCAAAACAUGUUCUUUUCUCUGCGGUUUUUUUUGUGUUUGUUGCACUUUCUUUUACUUUGUCAUUGGUAAUGCUUAAACUUAGGGACUAAAAACAUAUGUAUGAUUGUGAUUAACAUGUGACAAAACCAUCAUGGACCUACAGGUGAAUGGACUCCGAGAUUCAUAUUAUUUUGAAAUGAUAAGUUUGUUUUGUUAUUGCUUAUACAAUUUCUGUGUCUUCUGUAGUGGCAUAGUAAGUACCAAACAAUUUGAUAACCAUUUAUAAAGUUGGUUCAAAAUCUAAAUUUGAAAUCAUUGGCACUGUAUCUCUGUACUGUACCUACACUAUAUAAUGAUCUGUUUCUUUAGAUUACACCUUGAAAAUAGCAGAAAUCGUGUACACACUAUUGCUUAACAAACAAAUUAAACCCUCAUUGAGUAUCAAUAACCGAGAUGUUUGUAUUUUAUUUAGUAGGUACACAAACAUUGGGCCAGAAGAAAGUUCCACAGGCGCAGCUCUGUAUUAUUAUUAUUAUUAUCAACUCUACUGGUAAUAUCUAACUAGGUCAUUUAAAUUUCAAUUUUUGAAACUUCCAGAUCAAGACUUAUGAAUUACGGUGCGUCUGUGAACUUUGAUGAAUUUGGUUUGGGUUUUGGGCGAAUUAUAUUCUGAGUGCCAGCUAUUAUUAGGAACUUGCUUUAUAAAGAUAGAAUGGGCGCUCUGUCAAACUUUUAAUCUAGUCCAAAGCUUCUAGGUUGCAGGUACAAGUGAAUCAGUUCAGGUUGUAGAUAACAAAUUAUUUCCUUUCAAUAAAUAAAUUAAAAAAGGGUCAUUAAAUUAAUGUAUUUAUUUUUUUCAAAAAAAUUUAUUAAUUUAAAUGUUGACCACAUUACUAAUAGGUACUAGUAGUUGACGCAAAUAUUCUGAUAAAUAAAAAUAAGCUUUUUCAAUUUUAAUUUCCCAAAUGAAUUGUUUAUAGACGGUACUUAUUAAUGUUGUAAUGGGAUGUUUCUAAGGUAAAUACGCAUAAGUCUCGCUUCUAAUGAAGUUAAAGUAAAAUAAGGGGUAGAAAAUAAUACCAACAUAAGACUGUCUUCCAAACUUAGAAUGAAUUAUUGUCUAUUGAAAAACCGUGCUUCAGUGUGGCACAGAUCAUAAUCAGCACCAAAACCUGUUUUUACAAUUUGCUGUGGAUAAGGGACUUGUAAUAUUACAUGCAAUUUGAAAUGUUUUACGCAUACUUAGUUACAAGAAUGUAAAAACAUAUCGUAUUAAUGUUGCAAAAGUUAGUGGCUGUGUGUAACUAUGGUAAAAAAUGUAUAAACACUUCAACAUGCUGCAUUUUUUCACCUACUUUAUGUAAUGAUUGAUUUAGUUAUUUGAUUUCUUUUAAGCGUACUGUGACAAUACAAGUUAAAAGACUGCCAAAUAAUCGUACAUUUUUUGUUGUGCAAUAAGUUUACAUUAAGGUUGCAUUUUAUCUAGGUGUAUAUUUUUGCUUGUAUAAUUUUUUGGAAGAUGUGUAAAGUAAAUAUCUCAAGGAUAGAUUAAAAGAAAACAAGUAUACAAUGGAUAGGUAUUUAGAUAUAACGGGUCUACUUAUUGUAUUAUAUUUAGCAAAUAGAUUAUAUUAAAAAUUAGCUCUAUUGUAUAUCUAUGUAGUUCAUAUUGUGACGAACAUGAUUCCUAUGUAUUGAAAUAAAAAACAGACGAAUUUAA